AUGAUGAUAGAUGUUCGAUCAUUAAUAAUUGUUGUAGUGUGUACAUAUUUUUUUUUUUAAGUUCAUGAAGUAAAUUGCAAUUGGCAAAGGUUUUUUAAUUUAUCCCGUAAGAAUUUUAUUAGUUUAUUACUGAUUGAAUUUCACGUUUAAGUUUUGCGCAAAUACACUGCCAAAAUGGUGCUGUUGGCUUCAGCCGUAUGCACAAAAACGGGAAAAACCAUAGUCUCACGACAGUUUGUUGAGAUGACUAAAGCGCGGAUUGAAGGUUUAUUGGCGGCGUUUCCUAAACUGAUGUCGACUGAAAAACGUCAUAUACAACAUACGUUCGUUGAGACAGAUUCUGUACGAUAUGUAUACCAACCAUUGGAAAAAUUAUACAUGUUGUUAAUCACUACAAAGACCAGUAACAUAUUAGAAGAUUUGGAAACAUUAAGAUUAUUUUCAAAAGUAGUUUUGGACUGUUGCAAGUUAGUCGAUGAGAGUGAAGUAUCAAAAAAGUCUUUUGAUUUAAUAUUUGCUUUUGAUGAAAUUGUUGCCCUUGGUUAUAGGGAGAGUGUUAAUUUAGCGCAAGUAAGAACAUUUGUUGAAAUGGAUUCUCAUGAAGAAAAAAUGUAUCAAGCAGUACGUCAAUCACAAGAGCGUGAUGCUAAGGUUAAAAUGCGUGAAAAAGCAAAAGAAUUACAACGUCAAAGAAUUGAUGCUGUCAAAAAGGGUGUUCGUAUGCCAACAUCAUCAAGCUCUUAUAUGUCAAUGACACCAGUUGCUGAUUCAAUUUAUGAAAUAAAAGUAUCCAAGCCAGAAACACCAAAAUAUUCAUCAAGCAAUAAAGCUUUAAAAUUAGGAGCUAAAUCGAAAGAUGUUGAUUUGUUUGUUGAUCAAUUGAAAUCAGAAGGUGAAAAAGUUGUUACUAACAACAAGUCAUCAACUAUUACAUCAACUUCUUCAACUGUUCAAAAAGACAUUCAUAUUAAAAAAGAAGAACGUAUAAUUGCCAUUGUUGGACGUGAUGGAGGUGUCCGCAAUUUUGAAUUACAUGGAUUGAUAUCAUUAAGAAUUUCAAAUGAAAUUUAUCAAAAAAUUGUUUUACAGUUUAAUUUUGAAUCUGGAAAUAUUCCAUUGCAAACUCAUCCUAAUAUUGAUAAGGAACUUUUCAAAACUAAUCGUCUAAUAGGUUUGAAAAAUCCAACAAAACCAUUUCCAUUAGACUCUGAAGUAGGAUUAUUAAAAUGGACUCUUCAGUCACAAGAAGAAUCAGCUAUACCGCUUUCAAUUAACUGCUGGCCUAGUGAAAAUGGUUAUGGGGGUUGUGAUGUAAAUAUUGAAUAUAAUUUGGAACAUGCUGACCUCGAAUUGAAUAAUGUUACUGUUACAGUACCAUUGCCAUUUGGCAAUGCUCCUGUUAUCCAAGAGUGCAGUGGAGUUUAUAGUUAUGAGCCUAAAAAGAAUGUUUUAAUAUGGUCAGUGGCUGUAGUUGAUUCGUCUAACCCAACAGGAUCUAUUGAAUUUGAAGCACCAAAAUCCAUUGCCUCGGAUUUCUUCCCAAUUAAGGUUGAUUUCAUGUCAAAAUCAUCUUACAAUAAAAUUAAGCCAAUGGAAAUUAGACUUAUUGAUGAUAACGCACCUGUUAAAUUUACUUCUGAGACAUCUUUAUUCACAGGAAAUUAUGAAAUAGUUUAAACAUUAAGAAUAUAUCUUUUAUGAACACUUAUUAGUUAUUUUAUUAUUAUUAAAAAUUC